GGUAUUUAUUUCCGGCUAACCUGGCCAAAGCAAAAGGGGCACACUGAACCGUAGAGCCACCACUCCCAAUUCCAGAGUAGGAAAUCUCGAUGGCAAGGCAAACAACUUCGUUCGGCUAACAAAACCCGGCUAAAUUCGAGCGUGAACGAGAGCAAAGUCGACAUUUUUCGGACAUCAGAGUGAACCCGAGUGGUACCGAUUCCGAAAGCUGCGAGUGGGGACAGGCAAAGACCCCGGCCACAAUUAACAUAUUCCUGGAGUCCAUCAGCCAGCUGGCGGCCCUGGCGACCACAAGCGGCAUCAUGCAGCUGCUGCUAUCGUCCAUUUGCAUGGCGCUGACCAGCGCGGUGAUCGGGAAUGCCUACUACCAAAAGCAGCAGUUUUAUCCGGCGGUGGUCUACAUAACCAAGUCGAAUGCCUCCAUGGCGGUCAUUUACAUACAGUUUUUCGUAAUUGUCUUCAUGUUUGGCAAGCUGCUCCGCAAGAUCUUCCUGGGCACGCUGCGCGCCGCCGAGUUCGAGCAUCUACUGGAGCGCUUCUGGUACGCACUCACGGAGACCUGCUUGGCCUUUACGGUUUUCCGGGACGACUUCAAUCCGCGCUUCGUGGCCCUGUUCACAGUGCUGUUAUUCCUGAAAUCAUUCCAUUGGCUGGCCGAGGAGCGGGUGGACUUUAUGGAGCGUUCGCCCGUGCUCGGCUGGCUGUUCCACAUUCGCGUGGGCAGUUUGCUUACCUUGCUGGGCAUCCUGGACUACGUAUUGCUGAUCCACGCCUACAACUCGACCCUGGUGCGUGGACCCACCGUGCAGCUGGUCUUCGGCUUCGAGUACGCCAUCCUUCUGACUGUAAUCGCCAGCACAGCUAUCAAGUACGUGCUGCACGCUGCCGAGAUGCGCACAGACACGCCUUGGGAGAACAAGGCGGUGUUCCUCCUCUACACUGAGCUGGUUAUCGGGCUCAUCAAGGUGGUGCUCUACAUCUUGUUCGUGGUUAUCAUGGCCAAAAUCUACGCGCUGCCCAUGUUCGUUUUCCGGCCCAUGUUCUUCACCAUACGAAACUUCCGCAAGGCACUGAACGACGUGAUCAUGUCCAGGCGGGCCAUCCGUAACAUGAACACCCUGUAUCCGGACGCCACGCCUGAGGAGCUGCGCCAAUCAGACAAUAUCUGCAUUAUCUGCCGCGAGGACAUGAUCAACCACUCGAAGAAGCUGCCUUGCGGCCACAUCUUCCACACCACGUGCCUGCGCUCGUGGUUCCAACGCCAGCAGACCUGUCCUACCUGCCGCCUGAACAUUCUGCGGACCCCUGCCGUGAUAUCCACAGCGAUGCCGAGAGCAGGCGAUGAGGCUGCCGCCGCUGCUGCUGGGAAUGCCGCCCCGGAUGCAGCUGGUGCCCAACCAGCCGGAGGUCUACCUGUUCCAGCUCCAGCUGCCGGAGUCGAUGGCAACCAGGCUCGCGCUAACGGCCCGCUGCUCGCAGGUCAAGCUCUGCCGCCUAGCUUUGCAGAUCUUUUUGGCGAUGCUAACGGAUUGCCAAAUCUGGCUAGACUUUCGGUGCCUCCACCGCCGGUCAUGCCCAUGCUGUCGCCUUUUAUGAUGCCGCCGCAGUUUGGUUACUUCUCGCCCAUGCCGCCGCCACCUAUUCCGCUGGACCUGACCAAGUUCACCGACGAGGAGCUACGUGCCAUGGAGGGACACCAGCGGGAGCAGAUUGAGCAACGUCUGAAGUUGCUGCAAAACAUAAACCUUAUGCUGGACUCGGCGGGGAUAAUGAUGUCCCAGUACCAGACUUUGGCCUCGCGCUUGCAGCUCACUGCAGUGCCGCCAGCAUCCGCGGCAGCUCCAAGCGUUGAAGGAGCUGCAGGAUCAGGCGUGUACGACAAGCCCAGUACCUCGGCCACGGCUAUGGCGCAGCUGGAAGCUCACCAAGUGACUCCCACGGCAACAGCCCCAGUGGCUCCUCCACUGCCUGCAGAGAAGGUAACCAUUGAGGAUCUGGGCGCGGAUGCAGACGAAGACGACGUGCCUUCUACGGCCACGGAGGCGGUCAGUCUGCCCAACUCUGAUGCCGACUUCGAAGAGAACUCCUCGGAGUUGGGCGAGCUGAGGAAACGCCGCUUGAAGUUCCUGGAGGAACGCAACAGGUUCGCAAAUGAACACACGCAAGCGGAAUAGACGCCCUGAAAACUGAAGACUCCACUCCAUAUAACGGCAGAGAAUUCCCUCAUCCCACAAAAACCAUAAACUGAACGUACUUGCGUUUAUCACAUUUUCUAUUCUCUUGGCUGGUAUUGAUUUUGUUUAUACUCCGCUCCUCAUCCGCUGCACCCUGUCCUUGACUUAUGUUCUUUUCUACGGCUUGCGAUAUGGGGAAUAUUAUGAUGAUGACGACAAAGACGACUACGAUGCGCCCAAGGUUCACACACUGAAGCACGACCUCUAGAAAAGCGGCGAGUGGAACGAAGGAUCUGAACCAAGAGCGGCAUCCAAAUUCAAUAUGUAGCAAUAUGUAUUGUGUAAAAACUAUUUUAGAGAUGGGAAACUGAUGAUUUGUAUUUAAUAUUACUAUAUGUGUAUAAUUAAUGUGAAAUAUAAUUAAAACGAAAAGAACGAUGA